UUGAAUCUUACUACUGUGACUCUGUAGACAGGAGGAAAUUGUAUCCCGAAGAUUUUUUUCAACCAUAGAGAGUUUUUCAACCUUCCUUUCUCUAUGGCUAACAUUGUUAACAAUAAACUAGAAUGUUUAAUGCUUUUCUUGCUAACUUUUUCUUACGUGCUAAGUGACAGAUUUGUUGAUGGAAGAAGGAUAGGAACUACCAAAUUGGUUAAGCCCAAAGGAACAAUCAAAACCAUUGAGGGGAAGGAUGGUGAGAUAAUUGACUGCGUCCAUUUAUAUCAACAACCUGCUUUUGAUCAUCCACUUCUAAAAAAUCACACCAUACAGAUGGAACCUAGUUCAAUUCCAAGUGAUCUAAAAGCGAAUUCCUCACCAGUUAAGCUAAUUCAAGGUUGGCAUAAAUGUGGACAAUGCCCCGAGGCAACAAUCCCCAUUUUACGAGUACCAAAAAAUCAACACCUUCCUGCUUUGCGUCAUCUCAAACGUAGUCGAACACAGCUUAAGCAAAGCUUGGAUAGCGAUGAUGGUGAUAAUCUGAGUGAUCAUGAGUAUGCCGUAGCAUAUUUUGGAGGAGGAGGGAAUUUUUUAGGAUCGCAUGCAACAAUAAACGUAUGGAAACCAACUGUAGAGGGUAGUGGAGAAAUGAGCAUUGGUCAAAUAUGGCUUGUAAAUGGUCCAGAGCAAGAAAUAAACACUUUGGAAGCUGGAUGGAGAGUUGAUUCUGACCAAAAAUCAAAGUUCUUCAUAUAUUGGACUAGCGAUAACUACCAAAAAACGGGUUGCGAAAAUCUUGAUUGUCCUGGUUUUGUGCAAACAAACAAGAACUUUGCCAUUGGAUCUGCUUUAGAUUUUUCCGUCUACGGCUCGAAGCAAGUCGACAUAGGGGUAGCCAUAUACAAGAGCAAAGACAGUUGGUGGCUCAAAGUGAAUGAUCAGGAGAUAGGAUACUGGCCUAUAUCCAUCUACAAAUAUUUAAAGAAUGGUGCUGCUCGACUUGAUUACGGUGGAGAGAUUUACAACGCAAAAGCAGGAGGCCGUCACACAAAAACUCAAAUGGGAAGUGGCCAUUUUCCAAGUGAAGGCUAUGGAAAAGCAGGUUAUUUUCGACAUAUUCAAUACAUGGAUUCAACAGGCAGUUAUAAAGAUGUUGAGCCGGGGAAGCUGGGUAAAGAUGCGGCGAAACCUUCCUGCUAUGAUAUACAGAUACAAAGUGAUAAGAGCAGUGGAACCAAUUUUUAUUUCGGGGGUCCUGGCUAUUCUGCAGAUAAAUGUCCAUGAUAGCAAGGGAGAAAAAACAAAAUCUUAUUAUAGAAAUAAAUAAGACACAUAUUUGAGAUAUAAAAAUGUCAAUUUUCUUAAA